AUGGGAUAUAUUUUGGUACAGUAAAAAGAACCUGAUCUUCGGAGCUAAUUUUCUUUUGGCGCCAAACGAAAGUGCAGCUUGACGAAACUCUUCUUCUCUCUUCGUACGCCUAGAUUGAAUUAAAGUUAACCAUUAUACAUAAGAAGUAAAAGACACACUGAGAAACUAAGAUUAAAAGUUAUUAGCCACUGCCAGUCUCGCUAUUGCUCUACCCGCUAACAAAACUGUCUUGUUUUGAAAUUGGAGGUGAGGUUUCAGUUUUUACUUGUUUUCUUUUUCAUUAUUGUUGUUUUACUUACAUCAGCAUUUAAGAGGACGAAGUUGGUGACGCGAGUAUUAGCUUUCCUCCGUGGUCUGUUUGUCAAGCUCUUUUAAAUGAGCGUCCUUGGAGAGCUUACAAAAUCCAAAGUAAUAAUUAUAAUAAAAAAAUAAAAUAAAGAACGUCCUGUACUGGUAUUUAGAAACGCGGGUCAGUGUUAACGUGUAAAUAUCAGGUCGAGCCUAUCACAGGCGUCUGUAGAAAUAUAAUUGCAGGGGACUGAAAUGGACGCAUUGGCAUAAAUUAGUCUCUAACUGGGUUGGAAAAGUUUUUAGACGGGGAUUAUCUUUCUUAAAUUGUGAUCCAGAGGGGAUGCCGGGUGAGGCAAAAAUUGGCCGGGACUCUUUGCGGUUGCAAACGGUUGCUGCCCGCAGACAAUCUUUGAAGACCGAUGUUUGAUGUGUAAAGGCCGAUACACACGAGGGAUUUUGCUCCCGGAGCAUGCUCCAGGGGAGCCGAAUUGCUGGGGAGGGGCAAUUGCUGUUUUUGGUAAAUUCUGAAGAUGACUCUGAAGAUGACUUCCACACAAGUUGUCGAAACGUCAGUCAUUGUCAACAACGGGACUACGAUCACCCGGCGGACAAUCAUGCUCAAAUGACUCUUGGGUUCAAACUGAGGCUUGAUUGUCAGUCGCUGUUCGGGAAACGAGCCCGAGGUCCUCCACUGGAGGCAUAAUUAAAACUGUAGCUUUAUUUGGUCUUCAUUAUUUUCCGGGAUUCUCCUUUUUAAUGUUUUCCUGUCAGUAAUAAUGUCUCAAAAAAUAUAAAUAUAAUGGUUAAGUUAAAGCAUUAUGUCUCAAAAAGCCGCUCUUAUCAGUUCAGUAUUACAGUAAAAACCCGCAUAUAAGAACCUGUUGAUUUAAGAACCUAAAGGCGGAAAUUUGGCAUUCAAAUAGUCAAAAAUACAAGACCCUGUCCAGCCUGGCAAUUAAAGAAACUGUUGGUUCUUAUACAAAAAAUCACUGGGGCUCCAAUUUUGAUGGUCAAAGAAUUCUGGAUUUUAAUAGUGGGAAACUUCUGACAAACAGUUAUUGUGUACAAUUAUGUUUUCCUUGACUAUGUAAAUUUAUUUAGAUUUUCACGAGAAAGACGUUUUCCGUAAAGCUACGGUGCAAUAUAGACUAUUUAAAAUCUAAAAUAUCUAUACAUUUCUGCCAAUGGUUAAACUACGACAACCUCUGCAAAAUAAAAAUAUCUAUUAAAAGCCUUAUCACCUGAAUUGUGAAAAACUACCCAAAAAUAUAAGAACCUGUUCAGCCUGGCCUCGAAAAUUCUAAGUUCUUAUAUGCGGGUUUUCACUGUAUUCUCUUAUAUAUCAUUACCUUACUUAUGCUUGUACACUAUGGGGAAGUAAUUAUUAAUGCUCCACUGUCUCAAAUCGUAAAAUUACAAAACGAAACUAAAUUACGAAAUUACAAAACGGUAUCCCUAAGCCUUUUGAAAUUUCUUGAUAUUGUAAAGCUGAAGACAUUGUAUGCUUUUUUAUAAUUAUUUCCACCAUGAAAAGUUUCCUAAUAUACCUGUUUCACUAGUAUCUGAGCUACAUAAUUACAAUACCUGAAGUACAUCACCUAAUCAAAUAGUCAUACCCCCAUUUCGAACUAAUCUCAGGAGAUUCUGCCCCAGCGUUAUUGGAAGAUUCUUUUGAAAUAGCAUUCCGCAAUUAAUCAGAGACAAACCAUCUAAAAAGGUUUUUAGAAAAGCAGUUUUAGCUGUUACCUUGCUCAAUAUUAAUGAAACAUCAUAUCUUUAACAAUUUACUGAGCUAUUUUAUAAUUUUUCCUUUACUUUGUUAUUAAAAACUACAAGGUUUUUGUUGUACGUAACUUUAAGAGGCGAAAUAUAAGUUCCUCUGGACGUGCCCCUCUCCUCUAAUUCCUAUCUGCAAUGUGAUUUAAUUUAAGUGCUGUAAUUUUGUAUUGUGCGCUUUCUUUGUUUGUAAAUUUUAUUUGUUACUUACUUUUUCACCUUACAUGUAUAUCUAAUUCUGUAUUAUCAUUUGCUAAGGUUUGCAGAAACAAAUAAAAUGAAAUGAAAAAAUGAAAUAUAAUGACAGAGUAACUGAGGAAGCUUUUACACCUGGUUAAUUUUGUCUAAUUAUCUUCCCCCGCUACUCAGUAAAAGUGUCUCCCUUAUUCAACCAUGCAUUUUUAUCCUUGGCACAGCAACCUUGUGACACAGCAAGCGGAAUUUCUCACUGCCUUGUAUUCUGUGUACUAUGUAGUACUGCAAACAAACCUUAAGGCAAGCAGGUGGAUGAUUCCAAAAGGGCGCUAACGUCUGGGUGAACAAAACUUAACAUUUUAAGACUGAGAAAAGCAUUUCCCAAAUUUGAUUCACAAAAUAUCUUCUUUGGUGAUAAAUUUCUGGAGCGAUUACUUGGGAAGGAGGCGGUUGUGAUUCAGGUUUCCAUCCUCCUAUUUCUCCGCCACCUAGAAUGGAUGAAUGGUCUUUUUUUUUUUUUUUUUAAUUCUUCUGUUGCACUAUUUUUUCAUUCAAGUUCGCUAAAUCUAAGAUGUUUUCACGCACGAAGAUUAUCAUUAUCUACAUUAGGGUGGAUUCAUUUGCAACAUACGCGUAUAGCUGUCGCAUUUGUCCACUGGGGUUUUUCCAGACGAUACCAUUCAAUCAAAAUCAAAAAUCAAUAACAUCAAUAAUAGUCAAUAAAAAUCAAUUGCAAUCAAUUGAUUGAUAUUGAAAAUCAAUAAAAAUCAAAGCCGCAGUCUUCAGUGAUUUUCGAUUUUCAUUGAUUUUCAUUGAAAACUAAAAUGUGCUUUCUUCUUGUUUUAAACACAUCACAUGGCUUAGAAAAUAAACCCAAUUAAGGUUUAAUCACUCAUGUCUGAUCUACGAUAAAUUAAGAAAUUAAAAAAGUACAACAGAAACAACAGUUCAAACAACAAUUUAUUACCUUCCUGUAUUGAUAACAGGCCGAAAUGAAAUGUACUUUAAAUAGAUGCAUGUGUUGCGCUCCUUAAUGUAUAACUGAGCAUGAUGUUAUUCAAUGGUCUUCGAGUCUGCCUUUAAUUUUGUCGAAAUUUUCUUAGCUGAAUAUAUCAGAAAAAUCUUUUAAAAAGUCACCCUAAAGUGGGCUGACAAGCUCCGCUUGGAGAUGGCCAAGCUGGCCUUUUUCACUAAAAACUUUGACUGCGUUACCGUGUUCUCAACUCUUCUUGGAAACGGAAAACAUUUCCCCUUCCUUUGCUUUGAAAGGACAGUGGUGAUACCCCUUGAAAGACACAGCAGCAUUGUUGUGUUUGCGACCACGUUUAAGCAAAUGCCUAACCGGGUCUUUACUGUUGCACAGCAAAUAUUGAUUAUCAAUAGCAAUCAAUGAAAAUCAAUAACUAUAUAGACACAUCGGUGAGUGAUUAUAGAUCUUUCUUGAUUGGCUAAUCCAAUCAAUAUUAAUCAAAGAUUUUACAGACUUUUAUCGAUAAUAUUGAUUGAAAUCAAUGAUUGAUUUUCAUUGAUUGUUAUCGCCUGGGGUUUUAGGUUGAAAAACAAUUAAAAACUCCAGUGGGCAAAUGCGACAGCUAUACGCGUAUGUUGCAAAUGAAUCCACGCUAAAUGUUUCUAAACUUGAAACAUUCAAUGUCUACCACAACCUUACCUGCAAUCUUAAAUGCUUGAGAAAUCCUUUACGCUUGCUUAUUAAUCUGCUAGGUGCAGGAUAGGUGGCUGUAUUUGCAGGUGACAUCAACAACAAUCAUUACUAGUUCAUCCUGAGUCAUUUGAACUCAUAUUGUGCACGUAGCCGUCAGUAGUAAUAAACCAUCUGAGGUCUAAACAGUUACGAUAAACCUUUUCCUCUAGCUUUGUUGAAGGCACAAAUAUAAUAACAAUUGACCAAAUGUAAUAAUGCACUCAAAUGUAAUACAAAUGGACCACAAAUGUACUAAAACCGGCCAAUGCUAUCCAAACCGUAUAUACUCGAGAGAACGCCGCCCUCAAUAUAAGCCAGCGCCAUCCGAGGUCCAAACAGUUGCGACAAACGUUUUCCUGUAGGUUUCCCUUCCCGAUAACUUUACGGGCCCGAGAUCAAAUAUUCAGCUCAAAAUCUAAUGAACAAAAGCGCGGUUCGCAGCUAAGAAAGCAAUACGUUUUGUUUUGUUUACUGAUAGUUUUAUCAUAUUAUCUGCAAAACUAUUGAAACCUCGAUCUUCAAUAUAAGACACUUAGGCAAAGACGUUUUUGAGCGACGCACGUCAACCGGAAGUAAGGCCUUUUCCCUUUCGAUAUGCCUUGACGCUAACAAAUUUAUAUUGCUAAGUUCCUUUUUAGUCUUAUAACGACGAUUUUCUCAAGAAUGUGGGAAAAGCCACUGCCAAAGAAUGCAAAAGUAGCCUUCCGGUUGACUAGCGUCGCUCAAAAACGUCUUUGCUUAAGGUGACUCGACCCAGUUUUUUUGGGGGGGUACCAUCCUACUUUGAAGCUCUCUGGUAUCCCCACCUUUAGAGAUACUCCCGUCACGAGUUGGUUUAAUUAUUGGCUUGCAUUAAACCUAUGAAAAAAUGAUAUUUUUUUAAUAGUAAGUAGAUUUAAUGUGUAGCACUUCUUGAUUUUUUUGCAAAGGCACAAGAAGCACGACAAUUGAUUAAAAAUUGUGAGUUAAACCUCUAUGUAUCACGCGAUGGCCUGUCUCACUGUACCAAAAUUAUUAUAUCUCGGUGAGCAUUCGGAAGUCAGCCAAGCGUGGUCAUUGCACGCGUGCUGAACAAGAAUGCUGUAUAAUGACAGACUAGAAACAAUAGACAACUCCCACAGCACAAACUCAGCCAGAACGCUAAAAAUCUUCAGUGUUUACUCAAGUUUGGGCUUAUAGAAGAUAAUGUCACAGUUUUUUAAUGACCAUGAAAUUCAGAGUCCGGGUAGUUAGUUAAUCAAUUGUGGCCCUGAAAAAAUUUGAAGGAAAAAAAACUACGAAUUUUUAAGAAAAUGCUUUUUUCGUGAGAAGGACUCUUAAACGCUGACAAACGUCAACAAAUAGCGCAAACUAUAAUUUCUAUAUGUUUGCUUUGCUCGAAAUCGCGCGCAUUUACAAGGCCCUAAAGCGUUUUGAUGACUUGCAAGGACCCAUCUGUUAUAAGGAUGCCCAAAAUAAAGAGGUGAGUCUCAUAGUUUAUAAGAUAUAAUCCGUGUAAAGUUUGCUUACCAUUUUCGCAUAAAUUAUGACCUAAAUUUGGAAACCGCUGAAUUUCUCGAAUUGGGUCUUUGCGAUUUUGGUGAAACUCUGUUCAGCGCAAGGCACUAAUGCGCACUAUGUGUAGCAGAGAGAUUUUCACGAAAAAAUGCCGGUAACAGCAGAUUUUCGACUCAGACCUCAAAGGGGCGUGGCAUUAUAACCACGUGACAUUUACUCCGAUCGCCAAAAAUUUUAUGUUAUAUUGUAGAUUGAUCUAUAUGUUAUCCAUUCUAUGUGUUAGACUUACGAUACAAGUAAAGGUGGGGACACCAGAGAGCUUCAAAGUAGGAUGGUACCCCCCCAAAAAAACUGGGUCGAGUCACCUUAAGCUCCUGAACAACAACAAAAGCCUGGCCCCAUGGAUAACGUCUAACCCCAUGGGGGUGGGGGUGCUCAACAAAAUUUUACCUGACGGGGAGGCUUUGCCUUAAGGUCCAACCCCUUACUUUAUUAAAUACCGUGAUGUCACGGCGUAACUGACAGAUGACCAAUAACAUCGCGACAUAAUUGACCAAUCAGAUCAAUAACCAGAGCAUAAUACCAUCAACCGACGUGCUACUACUCACUUUGACUCUGAAGAUGACUACCGCACAGGUUGUCGAAACGUCAGUCACUGUCAACAACAACUGUCCUAUUCAGGACUACGUUCACCCGGACGAUCAAACUCAACCUUUUGAAAUUAACAGUUAUAUUUACGUGUCAUAAUUCCGAGGUAUUUGUAUGUAAUUAUUUGUAAGGUUUCAUAUACUUACACCGUUUUACAGGUAGCCAUAAUGAGACUACACCUGAAGGCGGAUCAUGAGAUUAUCUCUAAGUUUAAAAAGAUCUCUCUUUAUAGAUAAUCCACCCAGCACAGCAAAGGUUGGCCACACCACCGGGGUAUAAUUUCCCUACUCUUUUGGAAGAGCGGUGUGGGUUCUUUUGCGUCCCACAAGAACCAGAUAAGUGAAGGUGCUGUGAGACGGGAACUACGGUUUUUCGUCCUUAUCCGAUCCGUGAAGACUAGAACGUCUAACUGUUUGGAAGAUGUCACAGCAAUUUCUUUUCAGUUACUUUAAAUACCCUGAGUGUUGUCCUCCCGCUCAGCAGGCCGGCGCUCUUAACUGAGCUAACCAGGCGGCUGUAAUAGUUAACCAAAAAGUGUCUUGUUCGUCUAACAAAACUCGGAUGAUUACAGUUAUCUUUGACUCAAAGCCAACAUCCGUUCUCUUUCACAUGGGAGAUUUCGGAUGUGCAGAUGGAGGAUGGACACCGGUCAUAAAGAUGGACGGCAACAAGGUACGGAGUAGCCUGUGUCAGGCUCUUAGAUAGUAGGGACAUUAGAGCCUCUGUAUGGGUGUUUCCCACGAAAUAUACGCGAAGAUCACCAUUGACAUUUCAAUCAAGUUUUACGUUUGUCAUGCAAUGAUGGCAAAUAAUCUUGCCAUCAUUGCGUUCAGAGUGUUUGUUUUUUACGUAUUUUCUCAUUUCUGUCGUUGCUGUACUGUUGGGCUGAGCUUGCUAGUAGUGCUACCACGCAAAAAAAUGUUCAGUAUGCGACAAUUUUGUGUUCGCCUCAAAAAACGACGAUUUGAUGAAAAACGUGCGACAAAAUCGAGGUCCGCAGGUACCCAUGCAGUGGCUCAAACCACAAAAUAAAACAGGCCAAGCGUUGUCAUUCUGCGCUGUACACAUUAGUAAUUUAUCGUUUAAUUAAUUUGACGGCCAAGUACUUGUUUCUCUCGCAGCAAACGUUUAACUACAGUUCCACUCUAUGGAGCAACAAAGAAACCUUUAACCUUAACGGAGGGAAAACUGAGUUUGACUCACAGGAGACAAAACUUCCCUCCUACUAG